AUGUCAAGUAUAAAUGACAACAAUAUUGUCAACAAUAAUGGUGGUGAUAUGUUGAACUAUUCUCCAAUCACUUUAAAUUCAGAAACGACUCCAGGUGGUAUAACCUCCUCAUCGUCUAAUCAAAGGAAACGGGGUUUAACAAAAGUCAUUUGUUUCUUUUCUUGGAGUUUUCAGAAAAGACAACGUUUUCACUUUCUUAGUGAAAAGAGAAAAAUGGAAUACAGCAGUUGGAUUCUCGUGGCAGACGAAAGAAAUGCUUAUGGUACAUUAACAAAUCAUUCAUCGGUUUUCUCGGACAAUAUACAAAAGAGAGGCCACGAUGAAUUAUGCAAUCAACCUGUUGGAUUUAAUAGAGACUGGCGUGAUCAUCCUGAAAUGGAAGCAAUUCUCCGCCAAGGUGCUGCUUCAAAGGAAGAAUAUAUGAACCUGGAGACAUUGCCUCGCGGUGUGCAAGCUGUAUUGGACAACUCUGCGGCUCAUGUUACUGGUUGUUAUAGCAUGCCAAAAGGGGGACAAUAUGACACUUCUACUGUUCAUGACCUGCCUUGUUUUCCUGUUGACCUUUCAUCAAUCCCCCCAGUUGCUAAUAUGGAUGUGUGUAGUAACUUACCUGUUUAUGGUGGUGGAAACUAUUUGGAUGCUAACACCAGAUCUAUUAACAACUAUUUUCCUCAUCAACACACAAAUAAUUGUGAUACCGACAUACUACAACCUACCAAAAGAAAACAAAUGAUUUAUGGAUUUUCCAAUCCUUUUCGUGGCAGGAACUCUUGUUUAGAAUUGCAAGAUGCAUGGAAAUGCCAACCACAAAUGCUGGAUUUUCAGAAGAGUUCUGCUGUAAGACACGAUUUUAUUGAUGUCUUGUCUGGUAAUACCGAACCCCUUCCAGUGCUACCUACCAAAAGACUCAAAACACCGGAUUCAUAUUUUGGUGUAUCUUUGAACAACGAUCAAUGGAAUAGCCAGUUGGUUCAACCUUAUUCCUCUCAAACACCUUUGGAAGUGCAGCAACAGUCACAACUUCCCCCCUUUUCUUCUUUCAAUUUUGAGAGUAACCGGGAAGAACUUACAAAUCCGAUGUUUCAUUCUAUGGGAAUCAGAGGGAUAAACAACAAUGGGGCAGGUGAUACACUUGAAAGCGAUGAUGUGAUGGAAAUCAGCUCAAAGGAAUUUGUCGAUAGUUUGAAAUCCAGGAAGCGUACUCUCAACAUGGAUCCUUUUGAUACUGGUGGAGAGGUUAUGCAGGGCUUAGCUGAAUUCAACCGUGGCUUUACAUUGAACUCCAACCUUCCUACUCUCACCGAUGAUGUUUUUCUUAUUGAUGGGGAAGAUAUACAAGACACAACUGAGUUCUGGAAAAACACCAAAAAGAAAGUUGAUGAGCCAACAACUGAUCAAGAGACCCAUACUAUAGUUAAUAAGAUUGACAGCGGAAAAUCAAUGGAAAUUGACAUUGGAUCGAAUUCCAUUAUGCAUGCUCUCUUAAACAAGGUUCCUAUUCCUAUUGAUGUAGAGGACAAACAUGACAUAAUUGGAUUCAACCAAGAGGAGAAAGCUGUUAAAAGGGAAGUCAGUGAGCCAAAAGUUGUCGUUGAUGUUGUUUCGUUGAUUGAUUUUUUCACACAUGAUCAAAUAACAGAACAUAUUAACAGUCUGAGAAAGGAACCUCUUCAGAUUACAACCGAAGAUGGAACAGGAAUUGAUGCAAACACAUGCCAAUUAUGUGAAAGGGAAAAUCUUUACUUUGCACCGGUACCAAUUUUUUGUAUACGCUGUGCCCACUCCAUCAGGAGAAGAAAUAUAUAUUUCUGUAGAAAAGAUGAGGAAUUUGAUGCAGAGCGUUGCGUUUGCUCCUCCUGUUAUAAUGCAUCUAAAGGCGGGUGCAUUGCAUUCAACGGGACAUCUGUUUCUAAGGCAAAUCUUGAAAAAAAGAAAAAUGAUGAAGUACUUGAAGAACCGUGGGUUGAAUGCAAUAAAUGCAAAAGAUGGCAGCAUCAAGUAUGUGCACUCUACAACAGCCAAAAAGAUUUGGGCUGCAAUGUUGAUUAUAUAUGUGCUGUUUGCCGCUUAAGAGAAAUUGAAGAUGGAGUGCAUGUUCCCUUACAAAGGACUACUGUUUAUGGUGCUAAGGACUUACCAAGUACCGUGCUUAGUGACCACCUCGAGAAAAGACUUUUUAAGCGUCUCAUGGAAGUGAGAGUUGAUGGGGAAAAAGUUAAAGGAAGUGAGAAUCUUGAUAAGGUUUUAGCAGCAGAAAAUAUUUCUAUUAGAGAAGUGUUAUCUGUCGACAAACAAUUGAAAGUGAAGAAGCAGUUUCUUGACAUCAUCCCAGAAAGGAAUUACCCAGUUGAAUUCUCUUAUAGAUUAAGAGUUAUACUUCUGUUUCAGAAGAUUGAUGGAGCAGAUAUAUGCAUUUUUGGACUGUAUGUCCAAGAGUUUGGCUCUGAAUGUGGCAAUCCAAAUCAGCGUUGUGUGUACAUUUCAUAUCUUGAUUCUGUCAAAUAUUUUAGGCCUCAAAGAGUGAUUGUGGAAGGAGAAGCACUUCGUACCUUCGUUUACCAUGAGAUAUUGAUUGGAUACCUUGAAUUUUGUAAGAAAAGGGGUUUCUCAACUUGUUACAUAUGGGCAUGUCCUCCUUCAAAGCGGGGGGAUGAUUAUAUACUAUAUUGUCAUCCCAAAGAGCAAAAGACUCCAAACAAGGAUAAGCUACGCUCUUGGUAUCAUUCAAUGCUAAAAAAGGCUACUGAAGAAAAAAUUGUUGUUGGUUUAACUAACAUAUAUGAUCAUUUUUUUGUUCCUACCGGAAAAAAGGGCUCCAAAGUGACAAUUUAUCGUUUGCCAUACUUUGAUGGAGACUUUUGGUGUGGUUCUGCUAUGGAAAAAGCAAGGACAAUUGAAAAACAGAGUAGAGGAGACUAUGAAAAUAUGUUAAAGAAACAAGUGUCAACUAGAGCUUUAAAGAGCAUGGGACAUGUCAAUCCUUCGAAAGACGCUGCUAAAGACAUUCUGGUGAUGCAAAAAUUGGGUGAAGAUAUAUUUCCUACCAAGGAAAAUUUCAUUGUAGCUCACUUACAGUAUUCAUGCAUACACUGCUGUGAAGUGAUAAUGUCUGGGAAGCGGUGGUUUUGCACUGAAUGCAAGAAAUUUCAAGAGUGUGAAAGAUGCCAUAGUUCAAAUGAACACACCUUAAAGAACGGUGUAGUGCAUCCACUUCGUGAGGCCGUUGUUGAUGAUAUCCCCUCCAACACUAAGCAUAAUGAUACCAUCCUUGAGAAUGGAUUAUUUGAAGAUAGGAACAACUUUUUGAGCUUCUGCCAGAAGUAUCAGUUUCAAUUUGACACACUCCGACGUGCUAAGUAUUCCUCAAUGAUGAUCCUCUACCAUCUAAACAAUCCUAGUCCUACGAAUUUUGGAAAACGUUGCAGUAUUUGUUGCGCACACAAUGUGUUCCAAAAGUGCUGGAAAUGUGAGGUUUGUCCAGAUUGUACCAUUUGCUCUGCAUGCUAUAAGGAUAGAGGUGCUGACUGCCAUGAACACAAGUUGACUCAAAAUGAACACAAGUUGGCUGAAAAUAAUUCAACAUCACAACCUGAUAAUCAAGACUCUGAUGGGAAAAUUAUGCUGAAGAUGCUGAAACUGGAGGGUUUUUUGAAGAAUGUAUUUCAACUUCGGAAUCAUGAGUCACUAAGGAAAAAGUUGCUGAAACUAGAGAUGAAGUUGAAGCAUGCAUAUCAAUGUUCUGCAACUAGUGCUAAACCUUGCUCUGAUACAUCAUGUUGUCAAUUCAAGAAGCUUUUAAAACAUGCCAUAAGUUGCACAGCUCAUAUUCGUGGGGGAUGCGAGUAUUGUGAAAAGAUAUGGACUAUACGAAUUUCUCACUCCAUGGAUUGCAAAGACUCAGAAUGUAUAAUACAACAUUGCAGCAUGCUGAAGAAGCGUUUAGAACAUAGAAGAUUGCGUUCGAAAUCUUGA